UGAGCUGAGAAAACAUAGGAAACAAUGGACUUGAAAUUAACCAAAGUAAGGAACCUAGGCACAAGAGGAGGUUCUGGAAGAACAGUUGGUUGCUGGUGACAAUGGAACAAGUGUGGGGCAGUAAGGAGACGGACUGAGAAGUUUGGGCUAAAGAAGAGGACCUAGAAAUCACUGAACUGGAAUUACCCAAAGGUGACAGCAGUAGAGUGAUUACAAGAACAAGAAUGAAGAGAUCUGAGAAGUAACGCUUCCAGAAUAGAUGAAGAGGUCAAAAUAAGAAAUCUAGGAGAAAGCAAAAUAUAAGAAACCAAGACGCGUCAGCCUCGCUCGCUUUGGCCUCUGCCUGGAGCCAGCCCUCCGCUGCCUGCUUUCCUCAGCCACCCUGGGGGGACCACGCGGACAUCGCCAGCUGGGCAGCCGUCGCCGCCGCCGCCGCUGCUGCCCACCCGCUCGUGCUAACCACACAGCCAGCGCUAACCUGUUGGCCACCACCGCCCUCGCCGUUGCCUUCGCCGAGCCCGCCAUGGCUGCCGCGCCGAUGCAGCCGCCCCAGAACUACCACGUGGAGUGCGAGGCUGCAGUGAACAUGCAGAUCCAGCUGCAGCUCUACACCUCCUACGUCUACCUGUCCAUGGCCUGCUAUUGCCAGCGCCUCGACGUGGCCCUGCAGCACCUGGCGCGCUUCUUCCUGCGCCGCUCCCACCAGUGGCAGGAGCUUGCUGAGAAGCUCAUGUUCAUGCAGAACGAGCGCGGCGGCAGCGUCGUCCUCCGCGACAUCGCGCAGCCCAACAGCGAUGACUGGCAUGGGGGCGCCUGGGCCGUGGAGUGUGCCUUCCACCUGGAGGACGCGCUGCGCCAGAGCCUCAUGGAGCUGCACCGCCUGGCGGCCAGCCGAAGCGACCCGGCCCUCUGCGACUUCCUGGCGCGCCACUACCUGCGCCCCCUGGGCCCGGUGCUCAAGGGCCUGGGCGAGUACCUGACCGAGCUGCGCAGGGCAGGCCCCCAGAGGGAGGGCCUGGUCAGCGUCCUCUUCAGCAGGCUCAGCCUGGAGGACCGCGACAAAGAGGACUGAGCGUGGACUGUCCCCGGCACCCAGGGCGACAAAGAGGACUGAGCGUGGACUGUCCCCAGGACCAGGGGGUUCUCCCAGGGUCACCGGGCAGGGCAGGGCAUGCGCGCACCUCUGUACCCACGAUCAUUUCAGUUUGUUCUGAGCGACUGUUGCUUCCAAUGUAAAGUUACUUGGUUCUUAAUGCAAAAAAAAACAAAAUAAAAAAAAUUGUUAUAAGUAGAAAUUUGAUGUAAGAUGCUGGAAUGAAAUGCUGUGAUGCGUAAUUGUUCUGGUGAAGCAGUAAGUGAAGCUUUCAGCAGUAAUUGUUAAAUGUCUACCAUGUGACGGUUUAUUGCAAAGGAAGGGACAGAAACGAGUAGCCAGAGUCCCUGUCCUUCCAUCUCAGUUUAUUCAGGAGGUAGACAUGCAGUGACACAGGAUGGGAUGUGAUGUACUGUGGUAAAUGUUAUAAUAAAAAGCAUGGCUAAGCUA